AACUCGGAAUUCAUUAAACCAAACAUUUUUAAAACUACCCACAUUUAACAACGCAUACCUAUAAAUACGAGUCACGCAUUCUCGCCUUACCAGUUGUUAUUUAACCACCAAGAUGACAGGACGUGGAAAAGGCGGUAAAGGGUUGGGCAAAAGCGGCGCAAAACGCCACAGAAAAGUCCUUCGAGACAACAUUCAAGGCAUAACCAAACCUGCAAUCCGAAGAUUGGCCAGAAGAGGUGGUGUUAAGAGGAUUUCAGGGUUAAUUUACGAAGAGACACGCGGAGUUUUGAAAAUAUUUUUGGAAAAUGUGAUUCGCGACGCAGUAACUUACACGGAGCAUGCGAAAAGAAAAACUGUGACAGCUAUGGACGUUGUCUAUGCUCUAAAACGGCAAGGAAGAACUUUGUACGGAUUCGGUGGAUAAUAAAAGGAUUCGGCGUAAAUAAUGGAGAAUAAAGUGUUAUAAUGGAGAAUAAAGUGUUAUCAAAUGUUUAAUUAAUUUAUUACAGAGAAUACAACAAGGCCCUUUUCAGGGCCGCAAA